CUCUGGCAGAGGGGCAUUUCACAGGCUGAUGCCUCCUGGGCACCGAGGAGGACCACCAGCCCCACGCAGCGCGGCGGUGCCCGCUCUGCGCAGACGGCCCUCCCCGCCCCCUCUGCCCGCGCACCUCCUCGGCCCCCGCCUCCUGCCCUCCGCCCACUCUCGCCGCGGUCUCCCGGCGGCGGCGGCUUUGUCUCGUGGGCUGCUCCCCGCGGCUCCCUCCCCGGAACGGCUGCCGGCCGAGGGAGGCCUGGGCGCGGAGCUGUCCGGCGCCCCGGUGCUGAAACCGCGAACCCUCGUCCUCCACCACCACCAUGUAAGGCCAUGAGAAGGGCUCGUCCUGGCGCAGCGCGGACAUGGAGGAGGACUUAUUCCAGCUCAGGCAGCUGCCGGUGGUGAAAUUCCGUCGCACAGGUGAGAGUGCACGGUCAGAGGACGACACGGCUUCGGGAGAGCAUGAGGUCCAGAUCGAAGGGGUCCGAGUGGGCCUAGAAGCUGUUGAGCUGGACGAUGGAGCAGCUGUGCCCAAAGAAUUUGCCAAUCCCACUGAUGAUACUUUCAUGGUGGAAGAUGCGGUGGAAGCCAUCGGGUUUGGGAAGUUUCAGUGGAAGCUGUCUGUUCUCACUGGCUUGGCUUGGAUGGCCGAUGCCAUGGAGAUGAUGAUCCUCAGCAUCCUGGCUCCGCAGCUGCACUGCGAGUGGCAGCUCCCCAGCUGGCAGGUGGCAUUGCUGACGUCGGUGGUCUUUGUAGGCAUGAUGUCCAGCUCCACGCUCUGGGGAAAUAUCUCCGACCAGUACGGCAGGAAGACGGGGCUGAAGAUCAGCGUGCUCUGGACUCUCUACUAUGGCAUCCUCAGUGCUUUUGCACCUGUGUAUAGCUGGAUCCUGGUGCUCCGAGGCCUGGUGGGCUUUGGGAUUGGAGGGGUCCCCCAGUCGGUGACGCUGUAUGCCGAGUUUCUUCCCAUGAAAGCCAGAGCCAAGUGUAUUUUGCUGAUUGAGGUCUUCUGGGCCAUCGGGACAGUGUUCGAGGUCAUCCUGGCCGUGUUCGUGAUGCCCAGCCUGGGCUGGCGCUGGCUGCUCAUCCUCUCGGCUGUCCCGCUCCUCCUCUUUGCUGUCCUGUGUUUCUGGUUGCCAGAGAGUGCAAGGUACGAUGUGCUGUCCGGGAACCAAGAAAAGGCGAUUGCCACCUUAAAGAGGAUAGCGACAGAAAAUGGAGCCCCCAUGCCACUCGGGAAGCUCAUCAUCUCCAGACAGGAAGACCGAGGCAAAAUGCGGGACCUUUUCACACCCCAUUUCAGAUGGACAACGCUGCUGCUGUGGUUUAUAUGGUUUUCCAAUGCAUUUUCCUACUAUGGGUUAGUUCUUCUCACCACCGAGCUCUUCCAGGCGGGUGACGUCUGCAGCAUUUCCAAUCGGAAGAAGGCGGUGGAAGCGAAAUGCAGCCUGGCCUGUGAGUACCUGAGUGAGGAGGAUUACAUGGACCUGCUGUGGACCACCCUUUCCGAGUUUCCGGGUGUCCUUGUGACUCUGUGGAUCAUUGACCGCCUGGGCCGCAAGAAGACCAUGGCCCUAUGCUUCAUCAUCUUCUCCUUCUGCAGCCUCCUACUGUUCAUCUGUGUUGGCAGAAAUGUGCUCACUCUGUUACUCUUCAUUGCAAGAGCGUUUAUUUCUGGAGGCUUCCAAGCAGCCUAUGUUUACACACCUGAGGUCUACCCCACUGCGACGCGUGCGCUGGGCCUGGGCACCUGCAGCGGCAUGGCGAGAGUGGGGGCUCUCAUCACUCCGUUCAUCGCUCAGGUGAUGCUGGAGUCAUCCGUGUACCUGACCCUGGCGGUUUACAGUGGCUGCUGCCUCCUGGCUGCCCUGGCCUCCUGCUUUUUGCCUAUCGAGACCAAAGGCCGAGGACUACAGGAAUCCAGCCACCGGGAGUGGGGCCAGGAGAUGGUUGGCCGAGGGGCUCACGGUGCCGGUGUCGCCAGGUCGAACUCUGGCUCUCAGGAAUAGUGACCGCUGCUGGGGCUGAGCUGGUCUUGAAGGCUGGGAGCCUGGAGAGCUGGUGGAGCCCAGCUGAGCCACUCAUGGUCACUGCCGACGUCAAGAGGUCACUCAAAGGUGACCUGGACCAACAGGGCUUUGUGUCAUGACUCUGUUUGCCCACAUUCAUUGAGGUCCACCGGGGCGGGGAGGCAUUUGCUCUGGGUUUCUGUGUGUCGGGGGAAAGUUUACUAAAAACCUGUGAAUCUGCAUGAUGGGAAAAUGGCCACUACAGGAGGGGUCGGGAUGCUGGCUGUCAAACAGCUGCUGUCCAGAGUCACCUGGUUCCACCCUCAGUGGACAACCACUGGAAAAAAAGUCUCUGUAGAUACAGUCCAGGCCCUGCACAGACCAGACCUGUUCAUUAAGCAUCUCCUACACUCCAGGCCCCAGGCUUUCUUCUUUGAAAUAACACAUGACCAAGGUGUGCAGCCUGAGUUCCCAUGUUCCCUCAGCAGGCUCCUUCUGAUUGGCUCCCCUGAGCCCGCGUGGCGGGGACAGUGGCAGACAGAUACACACUGAACUUGAGCCAUGUGUGUCCACCCUCUUCGGAGCUGCUGUCUCUGGCUCCAGGGAGAGAGCUAGGAGAGCCUUACUCCACCCACAACCUGGAAAUUGGGGGCUGAAGCCUGAAGGAAAAGAAACCACGGCAGGACGCUCUCCUUCUGAAGCUGGGGUGUCUUUUCUGGCCUCUUCCUAGGUCAGGCUGAAUGGUGAUUCUGGGAAAGAAAACAGCUCACUCAGGUUUCAGGGGUUUGGAUUUUGUGGCCAGGCAGAUGGCCGAAUGGGCAGAGAAAGCUGUGUGACAUUCAUCCCUGGCUCCGGUCAGGGUCUGGGGAUCACAAACCCUGCUGUGAAGCGCUGCCCUCCCCAUACACCCCAGUUCUGUGCUGCACUGUCUACCAGGGGCUGUCCUUGUCCUUACAGAAGUAGCUCCUUGCUUCCAGCAAUGGAGCCUGGGGCAGAGAUGCCCUGGAAUGGGGAGGAGCAGGAGGGCACAGGUUUGUGAGAGGUGUACCUUUCAGAGGAGGGAGGAGGCCAGCUGGGCUUGGGGUUGGCCCAAGAGGAAGGGCUCGAGCUAGGUCUCCACAGACUACAUCCACUCCCAGGGUCGGGUCUAGAUGAACCUGUUCCCCGUGGUGAAGGCAGAGACCUAGAGAAGUGGGGAGGAAGCUGCAGAUCCCAUCAAAGGCCGGAGAAAACAGACCCGUUGCUCGAAGUACACAUUGCAAGGAAGCCAAAUGUGUGUUCAUCUCUUAUUAAAACAUGUUGGUGAUGGA